UGUAUGUAUAUAUAUAUUCUCCAACAAACAAUACAAAGAGGGAUCACCUGAUCAUUUGAAAUUCAUUUGGUUUUUAUUGUUUUUCCCUCUUCCAUUGUUGUUGUCCACAAAAUGCAGACCUUUCAGGUUUUCUAUUUACUCAUCUUGAUUUUGUUAACAACAACAUUAAUUGAAGCUCAGGAUUUUUUCAGCAAACCACGAUGCAGUAGCCGGUGUGGGGAUGUCCGGAUUAGAUACCCUUUCGGGAUUGGAAGUAAUUGUUCUGCCAACGACUGGUUCAAUAUUGACUGCAAUUCCUCAACACCGUAUCUGUCUGCUCUCAACAACGUGGAGGUUUUAGAUCUUGAUACGUUCACACAGAGGGUCAUUGUUAACAUCCCCGAAUUUAAAGCCGAUUGCAAGAAUCCAGUCCAGAAUAGCAAUCUUGUCCUAGGUGCCAACCAUGGUAAAAGUCCUUUCAGAAUUUCCGGAUCCCUCAACAGAUUUGUUGUUAAAGGGUGUGGUAGCGCCACCAUCAUGGAGGAGGAGAAUGGGACUAUAGUCACCGGCUGUUCAACAACUUGUGGCAAAGACACUGUUAGUGACACAAACAAUUGCUUUGGUAUUGGUUGUUGUCAAACCUUAAUUCCUCGUGAUCUAGAGUCGUAUACCUUCAAUCUAACCGGCAUGGCAAAGAAAGAAGGAGAUGGAACCUGUGGGUCUGCCUUCUUGUUGGAUAUCACUUACUUGGAACGUCGACACGCAAUAACAUUUCCUAACCAAAUUUAUGGCGAUGGGUUACCUCUUCCAACAUCACUUUCGUGGAACGAAAGCUUCAAUCUUAGUUCAACAAGAUGCAACGAGACAUGUGGGGAGAUCUCGAUUCCAUACCCUUUCGGGAUUCAAAGUCUUUGUUCCGAGAGUGAUUGGUUCAAUGUUGAUUGUAAGUCCUCGAAACCCUAUUUAUCUGCUAUCAACAACGUGGAGGUGUUGGCCUUCGGAAAAGAAACAGUCACUGUUAAUGUUUCCAUGAAUUCGGAUUGCGAGAAUCCAGUCCAGAAUAACAAUCUUGACCUAAGCAAAAGUCCCUUCAGUUUUUCGAAAUCCGAUAACAUAUUUGUUGUUGAGGGAUGUGGCAGUGCUACCAUCAUAGAGAAUGGGAGUAUUGUAUCUGGUUGUUCAACGGCUUGUGGCAAUGCCACUGUUAGUGACAGAAACAACUGCUUUGGCAACGGUUGUUGCCAAAGUACCAUUCCUCGUAAUCUCGAGUCGUUUACCUUGGAUCUUUCACGCUUGGGAAGGCAGGUUGGAAAUGAAACCUGUGGGUCUGCCUUAUUGGUGGAUAUGAAUUCAUUCAUGGAAGAAAGAUUUUCUCGCCAAUUUGUUCCGAUAACACUUGGGUGGCCGACAAUCAAUUUUUAUGAUUCAACAGAAUGCAGAUGGUGUGAACGUCAAGGGGGGAUUUGUUACACUAAUUACAAUGAGGAGGGGAGGAUAUCGUUUGGUAGUUGUCAUGGAAGCAGCAAAAAGUCCCUAGGUGUUAUUCUAGGUAUUAGCAUAAGCACGGGGUUACUUAUCCUAACCGUGAUCAGCUAUGCAUUAUUCAGAAUAAUAAAGAAAACUAAAGCCAAGAGAAGGAAACAAAGGUGUUUUAAACGCAAUGGUGGUCUACUUCUUAAACAACAAGAAGCAACAGAUACCAGUUUAGUUGAUAAAACCAUACUUUUCACAUCGACUGAUUUGGAGAAGGCCACUGACCAUUUUAGUGAAAAUAGAAUUCUUGGUCGAGGAGGUCAAGGUACAGUGUAUAAAGGUAUGUUAGCGGAUGGAAGGAUUGUAGCAAUUAAGAAAUCAAAGGUGGUCGAUGAAAGCCAACUAGAACAGUUCAUCAACGAGGUGGUAAUUCUUUCGCAAGUCAAUCAUAGAAAUGUUGUCAAAUUACUGGGAUGUUGUUUAGAGACCGAGGUUCCACUACUUGUGUCUGAGUUUAUUUCAAAUGGUACCUUGUAUGACUUUAUUCAUGAUGACACAGUCUCAGUCUCUUUAAACCUUAGACUACAAAUUGCUACGGAGGUUGCAGGAGCAGUUUCUUACUUACAUUCAGCAACCUCGAUUCCCAUAUACCAUAGGGACAUCAAGACUACUAACAUACUUUUGGAUGAAAAGUAUAGAGCCAAAGUUUCAGACUUUGGAACUUCAAGAUUUGUAUCGGUAGAUCAAACACACUUGACUACCCUAGUGAAGGGGACAUUUGGUUACCUGGAUCCAGAGUACUUCCAAUCAAGUCAAUUCACAGAAAAAAGUGACGUUUAUAGUUUUGGGGUUGUUUUGUUGGAACUCUUGACAAGAGAAAAUCCAAUUUCCUUAACAAGAUUUGGUGAAAAUAGAAGUUUAGCUACACACUUUUUAUUAGCCAUGGAAGAAGGUCGUGUGAUGUCUAUUUUUGAUGCAACAGUUGUUAAGGAGGGUUCUAGGACUGAAUUGUUGGAUGUAGCUAACUUGGCAAUGAGAUGUUUGAAUUUUAAUGGAAAAAAUAGGCCUACAAUGAAAGAAGUUUCCAUCGAGUUAGACAACAUCAGAUUAUCACAUGUGCCCUCCACGGUUGAAACUAAUUUUGGACAUGUGAAACAUCGUGAGGAGGUUAUAUCGAUGUAUAGUGAGUCAACAUCAACAUCAAUGACAUUUGAUCACAGCCUUAGUCGAUGAAUGUUGAUAAAUCUUGACUUUUUAUAAUUAAGUCUUAAUUUUUGCGGUUAUAAUUAUGUAUCCAUACAUAACUUAUCUAUUAUGUCAAAAAGUAUGGUGUAUACUAUAUCUCUUUCUUCUUCCUUAAACUUCUAUCGUAAGCUUUUUGUAUUAGAAAUUCUUUUAUAAUUUUUAUUGUUUGUACUCAUAAUAAAUAUGAUGUUCGCAUUGUGUAUA